AGGAGGGGGGCCGGUCACACAGGGUGAGGAUCCGACCCCGGCUGAACCGAUGAUCGGGAAGAAACGAGAGAUGCGGAGCAUUUGAGGAGCAGAAACCUCCAGACGGGCCGUGAAGCUCCGCAUGCGUCCUCUCUCUGAGAUUUUCAUCAAGAGGUUCAACACAUGUUUGAUUUGGAAGGGGUGCCAUUACAGCUCACUUCAGCCCAAACCACAGUCUCUCAUCCUCACACAGCUCCCUGAAGUCUCAAAUCAGGAGUGAACAUGACGGGUCAGACCGUGGGAGGUGUCAUCCAGGAUCGGUCAGUGCCCUCACUGGUGGCUGUGGAGGGACUGGAGUCCAGGCCUCUGGGAGGGGCCGGGUCCUUCACUGAUGAGACUGUUUCCAUUCUGACCUCCACAAGCCAGCUGGCCCGAACCCUCCUGGGCCACACCUUUGGCCUCAAACGCAAAGAGAACCUUGACAACUGUGAAGCUAGGGCUGGUAGCAGCUGCGAUGAAGACAAUAGCAACAAUGCACGUCGCAAACGUGAAUUCAUCCAAGACGAGAAGAAGGAUGAAGGCUAUUGGGACAAGAGGAGAAAAAACAACGAGGCAGCCAAGCGGUCCAGAGAGAAGCGACGUGUCAAUGAUAUGGUCCUGGAGAGGCGAGUCCUGGGCCUGCUGGAGGAGAACGCCCGCCUGAGGGCCGAGCUAUUGGCCCUGAAGUUUCGUUUUGGCCUAGUCAAGGAUCCAUCUGACGUGUCCAUCCUGCCACUGUCUGCGUCCCUCUGUGCUCACCCAAAACCCAGUGCAGCACAUUUCUACCAGCCUCACACUGGUGGAUCGUCAUACCUCCUCACACAGCCCAGCGCCAGCACACCACACAUUGACCCUACCCCUCCGCAGCAGGCGGCCAUCUAUGGGCCGAGGGUAACAGGGAUUCUGUCAAGUCAGAGUGUAUCCGAGGAGUCCGGUGUCUCCACCUCAUGUAGCUCAAAUGUGGGCAGCCCUGUGUUUUUUGAUGGCACACUAAGUGAGCAUGGUGGGCCUUCUCCGAGGGGGAUGGUGGAGGAGCAGCAGGGCUACGACUCCCAUCUCACUCCUCUGGAGGUCAAUGAGAGUCCUUAUGUAAACAGGCAAGACUCACUUGAGGGUUUGAGGAGCCUCCCGCACAAGCUCCGUUUCAAAGGUCCCGGUGGUUGCAGUGACGGAGCGGAGAUGUCUCCACCCUCUGAUACCAGACACGGUGGACAGCCUGUAGCCACAGUGGGGCCAAACAUCCAGGGGAGGAACCACCAGCAUGCGGGGUGGGACAGUCGGACAGAGAGUCAGGCUCCUUGGUCCAGGGAGGAGGUCUGUGGUGGACAUGUGCAGCAGUAUCAGGGUCCGUCCUCUGGAUAUUAUAACUCCUCCUCUCUGCAGAACUCCAGGGACACCAAGUAUUUGACAGAGGACAGCAGUCUCAGGUCUCAGAUCAGCUGUUUGUCUCAGGAAGUGGCUCAGCUGAAGAGGCUCUUCUCUCAGCAGCUGCUCCCUAAGAUCGCUUAAAACCUGAGCCCAAGAAGAUCAGUUCUGCACUAAAAUUAAUAGACAGAAUUCACACUACAUCUUUCCAAACCAUCAAUCACACAGCGUGGCCCCAGUGUAAACAGCUACCACGGAAGUGACAAACCAAUUUAUUUAUGACAUCUGUUUCACACUAAAAGUGAUUUCUGUGAGUCAUCACGUGUCCUUUCAUUUUGUUGAUUACCUGAGAUUUGAAGGACAUUUCUGAAUACUUUACUGAACAGGUCUGUCAGAAACACUGGAUGAACAUAAAACACAAAGCACUUAUCAUUUGUAACACUUUAAUCUCACAUUGUUCACUUGAUUCAUAUUUGUAAAUGCCAUUUUUGUCUUCUUUGGGACAGCAUACAGUUUAUAGGCCUUUCAACAUAAACACUUUAUCAAUAUUACCUUGUGUUAAAUAUACUGUGUUAAAACACAGCACAAAUGUGUUUUAAGCCUUUUUGGCAGUCCACUUGUCUUUGUAAUCUUAAUGCGGUGUUUACUGUAUUUAUAUCUGGUUUAUCUUAUGAAAGCAAGGUCCAUACAAGUGUGUAUUUCAUCUUUGUUCAGAAUUAUAAUUGAAGUGAAUUGUACUUGGAAAUAAAAUAACUCUUUUUAAUAAAAGACUGGUGAAUCUUUUAUGACA